GGCCGCUCCGCCCGCUCCCGGCGCGACUGUCGCGGUGCGCAGGCGCGGGCUCCCUCCUUGUCACUCCGUGGCGUGCGGGUUGGUGGCUCGUCGGUGGCGGUGGCGGCGGUCGUCAGCACCAUGAGCAGCUUCACCAGCAAGGAGCGCGCGGCGCCUUUCACCCUCGAGUACCGCGUCUUCCUCAAAAAUGAAAAAGGACAGUAUGUAUCUCCAUUUCACGAUAUUCCGAUUUAUGCAGAUAAGGACGUGUUCCACAUGGUAGUUUAAGUUCCACGCUGGUCUAAUGCAAAAAUGGAGAUUGCUGCAAAGGACCCUCUGAAUCCAAUUAAGCAAGAUGUGAAAAAGGGCAAACUCCGUUAUGUUGCAAAUCUGUUCCCUUAUAAAGGGUAUAUCUGGAACUAUGGUGCCAUCCCUCAGACUUGGGAAGACCCAGGACACAGUGACAAACAUACUGGCUGUAGUGGUGACAAUGACCUAAUUGAUGUUUGUGAAAUUGGAAGCAAGGUGUGUACAAGAGGCGAGAUCAUCCGGGUGAAAGUCCUGGGCAUCCUGGCUAUGAUUGACGAAGGGGAGACUGAUUGGAAAGUCAUUGCCAUUAGUGUGGACGAUCCUGAUGCAGCCAACUACAAUGAUAUCAGUGAUGUCGAACGGUUGAAACCUGGCUACCUAGAAGCUACUGUGGACUGGUUUAGAAGGUACAAGGUUCCUGAUGGAAAACCAGAAAAUGAGUUUGCUUUCAAUGCGGAAUUUAAAGAUAAGGACUUUGCAGUUGAUAUCAUUAAAAGCACUCAUGAGUACUGGAAAGCAUUAGUAACUAAGAAAACGGAUGGGAAAGGAAUCAGUUGCAUGAACACAACAGUGUCUGAGAGCCCUUUCAAAUGUGACCCUGACGCUGCCAAGGCCAUCGUGGACGCAUUACCACCACCAUGUGACUCUGCCUGCACCGUACCAACAGAUGUGGAUAAGUGGUUCCAUCACCAGAAAAACUGAUGAAACUUCUUUAGAAGACAGCUGAGAGCCGGGCAUGGUGGCGCAUGCCUGUAAUCCCAGUACUUGGGAGGCUGAGGCAGGAGGAUUGCCCAAAGUUCGGGG